UCAGAGUCUGACUCAGACCAGGCCAGUUGCACAGUCCAGGAUAAGCUACAGGUUCAGUAUGUACAUGCAUGUGAGUCCUUACUGGAGCACGACUACAGGACUUACAUUACGUAGGACUCCUCUUCAUCAGGCCGCGAGGCGGGAUCUUCCAAGUGCGCUCCUCGAUCAUCAUCUUGAUGAAGGGGCUCAUGGGCAGCGGGGAUCUUCUGCCCCACGCGAAUUGCGACAGGCGAGGACGCCAGAACUUGGACGGCAGCCACCACAGAUCAGCGCUUCAUGCACACGAACAUGUCCUCCGUUUUUGCUUGUCUUGCUUCAGUCGGCGCGAACGUGUGGGCCGCUCGUCGCGGAUAGUGCUGCCGGCUUAUCCACGGCUGCGGCUGCGGCAGCAAUGUCUACGAUAGACUGGCAUUGACCAUGUAAUAGCUGUUCCUCGUUCAAAGGCUCCGAAUCGAGACAUCUCGCAAAAAGAUGUGACUCACUUCAAGCUUCUCCGCACACUUCAACAGAUGAUCCGAAAACAGUCGGACAGUACCGCACAGAGCCAGGUCGGAUUCCGCGACUAUGCAACUCUUUACCGAUAUUCCAACCGGUUUCCGCCUUCACGCCGCGACUCUGCACUCUUGAUCUUUCGUCCCCCGCACUCGCCACUAAGGAAUAAGCUUUGAGAAGGGCGACUGGCAGUAUGGGGAAGCACAAGAAGCCCCGGCCGCAACGAGCGGUCGCUGGGCCCUCCCCUGCGCCUUCGCUCGACAACAAUGCGGCCGAGACGCAGCAGCAGGACGUCGUGGAGGUCAAGCAGCAGAAGGUCGCGUCGCAGAGCUUCGGGUCGCAAGUGGAGGCGCUGGCGCAGCUCCUGUUGGACGCGAACGCGCCCGCCGUCGGCGUGGACGUAAGCGGCUGCGUGACGGUGUGGAACAAGCGGCUGGCCGAUAUCACGGGCUUCCAGGCCGAACGCGUGCUGGGCCGCCCCAUCUCCGACUUCGUGUACGGCGCACAGCGCAAGAGCGAGAUCACAGCCGUCGUGGCCGCUUGCGUGGCCGACAAGAGGCCGGUGCUGGAGCUACGCGUGCCGCUGCUCACGACCACGGGGAGAAACGCCGAAGUGCUGACCAACAUGACACCGCUGUUGGCCGAGGAUGGCACGUGUGUUGGCGUCUACGGUGUCGGCCAGGACGUGACGGAGUGGGCGAUCCAGGAGAAACAGUACGCCACCGUCAUGAUGCAGGCCAACGCGCCCAUUAUCGAGCUGGACAAAGAGGGAAAUAUCACCGUGUGGAACACAAAGACUGAGUCUAUGACAGGCUAUUCCAGUGUCGAUAUGCUGGGCGAGCCGCUGCUGCCUGUCGUGGACAAGAGUUUCCGGAAGAUCGUCUCGGAGAAGAUUGAACAGGCACUCUCGGGUAUUCCAGGUACAGAUUUUGAGCUGCCCUUGGUGACAGCAAGAGGAUCAAGAGUCGAGAUUGUGUUGUGCUUAACGCCGAGAUUUGAUACUCUGGGGUCUGUGAUGGGAGUUGUUGCGAUCGGACAGGAUGUAACAGAGCGAAACACCAAGGAGAUGGAGUACAGGAAGCUGAUCGAGACGGCCAAUGCGCCGAUCUUUGGUGUGGAUACGGAGGGUCGCGUGGUGAUCUUUAACGCCAAGGCGGCGCAAAUCAGUGAGUACGCACCCGAAGAAGUUAUGGGCGUGGAUCUGGUUGAUACUCUCAUCUCGGAAAAAUUUCGGUCAGAAGUGGCUGCAGUAUUUCAGAGAGCGUUUCAGGGAAUUGAGACGGCGAACUUUGAGUUCCCCUUGGUCACCAAGACUGGCCGAAAAGUGGAGCUUCUGCUGAACGCUACACCGCGCUACGAUCAUACAGGACACCUCGUGGGUGUUGUCGGAAUUGGACAGGAUAUAACGGACCGUAUUAUCCAGGAGAAGGAGUACAGCCGACUGAUCGAUACCGCCAAUGCCCCCAUCUUCGGUGUUGACUGCAACGGCGAAGUGAUCAUUUGGAAUAAGAAGGCGGCAGCGAUUACAGACUACACAAACGAAGACACCAUUGGCCAGAAAAUCUUCAAGUUCAUAUCUGAGGACUAUCGUGAUGCCGUCGGCAAGGUGUUAUCGAAGGCUUUGGAGGGCGAAGGGACAGCAAACUUUGACUUUCCAUUGAUCACGAAGAGUGGACGGCGAUUGGAUAUUCUGCUGAACGCUACGCCAAAGUACGAUCAUUUCGGCAACAUUUGCGGCGCCGUGGGAAUUGGCCAGGACAUCACCGACAGACGUGCUCAAGAGCAGGAGUACACCCGUUUAAUCGAUACUGCUAAUGCGCCAAUCUUCGGGGUGGACGAGAAUGGGUGUGUAAAUAUCUGGAACCGCAAAGCUGCAGGUACGACACAGUACUCGAACGAAGAGGUACUUGGAGUAAACUUGGUCGAAAACUUUAUUCCGGAGGAUUUCCGGGAGGCAGUGUGGGCAGUGUUAUCUGCGGCACUGAAGGGGCAAGAAACCGCCAACUUCGAGUUCCCCCUUAACACCAAGGACGGCCGUCGCGUUGAGAUUCUGUUGAACGCCACCCCGCGCUACAAUGAGAAGGGCGUCGUGAUGGGUGUUGUUGGUAUCGGCCAGGAUAUUACGAUUCGUAUGGCUCAGGAGAAGGAGACCAAUCGCCUUAUCCACUCGGCAAAUGCUCCGAUUUUUGGUGUGGAUCAGGACGGACGGGUGAAUAUUUGGAACCUAAAGGUGGCCGAGAUAACCCAGUUCUCGUCUCGAGAAAUAAUGGGAAAGGAUCUGGUAAAUCUGUUUGUUGCUGAAGACCACCGCGAAUCAGUCGGGUUAUUGCUGCGGAAGGCUCUUCAAGGAGAGCAAACUGGUAACUUCGAUUUCCCUAUUAUAACUAAGACUGGGCGGCGAGUCGAAAUCCUGCUGAAUGCCACCCCUCGAUACGACGAGCUGGGGCAGAUCUUCGGUGUGAUGGGGAUCGGCCAAGAUAUCACGGAACGCAUUGCUCAGGAACAGGAGUAUAUCCGCUUGAUUGACACUGCCAACGCCCCGAUCUUUGGAGUUGAUUCUGACGGUCGAGUGAAUAUCUGGAACAAGAAGGCUGCAGAGAUCAUGCAGUACACGACGGAUGCAGUAAUGGGCGAGAAACUGGUGGAGAAGUACAUCACGAAGGACUACCAGGAGGCAGUGAGCAAUGUGUUGUCUGAGGCGCUGAAUGGUGUGGAGACGGCGAACUUCGAGUUCCCGCUUAUCACGAAGGCUGGCCGUCGUGUGGAGAUUCUGUUGAAUGCCACGCCGCGAUACAAUGAGCACGGCGCUGUGAUCGGCAUGGUCGGCAUCGGGCAAGACAUUACAGACCGUAUUGCACAAGAGCAAGAAUAUUUGAGACUAAUCGAUACAGCCAACGCUCCGAUCUUCGGUGUGGAUAUCAAUGGACGUGUGAACAUUUGGAACAGGAAGGCGGCAGAGAUCACUCAAUACACAAAUGCAGAAGUGCUGGGCAAGGAUCUAGUUGCCGAAUUCAUUUCCGAGGAGUAUAAGGUGCCUGUGCGUAGCGUGUUGGAGAAGGCUUUCGAGGACGUCGAAACGGCCAAUUUUGAGUUCCCAUUGAUUACGAAGGCCGGCCGUCGUGUGGAAAUCUUGCUGAACGCUACUCCUAGAUACAAUGAACAGGGUGAGGUGAUGGGAAUGGUGGGAAUUGGCCAGGAUAUCACCGUGCGAAUGGCGCAAGAGAAAGAAAAGAACCGGAUGAUUCACUCGGCCAAUGCCCCAAUCUUUGGUGUGGAUCAGGACGGACUAGUGAACAUUUGGAAUCUGAAGGUAGCGGAGAUAACUCAGUUUUCGUCCGAGGAAGUGAUGGGGCAAGAUCUGGUGAACCGUUUUGUUGCGGAGGAUCACCGCGAUGAAGUCAACUUUAACUUGCGAAAAGCUCUUGAAGGAAAGCCAACGGGGAACUUCGAUUUUCCUCUCAUCACGAAGACUGGACGAAGAGUUGAGAUUCUGUUGAAUGCCACCCCUCGAUACGACGAGCUGGGACAGAUCUUCGGUGUAACUGGAAUCGGCCAAGAUAUCACGGAACGUAUUGCUCAGGAACAGGAGUAUAUCCGCUUGAUUGACACUGCCAACGCCCCGAUCUUUGGAGUUGAUUCUGACGGUCGACACGGCGCUGUGAUCGGCAUGGUCGGCAUCGGGCAAGACAUUACAGACCGCAUUGCCCAAGAGCAAGAAUAUACACGGCUGAUUGACACUGCUAAUGCCCCGAUCUUUGGUGUGGAUAUUAACGGGCGUGUGAACAUUUGGAAUCGAAAGGCGGCCGAUAUCAUGCAAUACACGAACGAGGAUGUGUUGGGCAAGGACUUGGUUGCUGAAUUCAUUUCGAAUGAAUACAAGGUUCCUGUGCGGAGCGUGUUGGAGAAGGCUUUUGAGGGUAUCGAAACUGCCAACUUUGAGUUCCCGUUGAUCACGAAGGCAGGUCGUCGCGUGGAAAUCUUGCUAAACGCAACACCUCGUUACAAUGAGCGUGGUGAAGUGAUGGGUAUGGUUGGUAUCGGCCAGGAUAUCACGGAGCGUAUCGCGCAGGAGGAGGAGUACAGUCGACUGAUCGACACUGCCAACGCUCCGAUCUUCGGUGUGGAUAUCAAUGGCCACGUGAACAUUUGGAACCGAAAGGCUGCUGACAUCAUGCAGUACACUAAUGAGGAUGUGUUGGGCAAGGACUUGGUUGCUGAAUUCAUCUCGAAUGAGUACAAGGUUCCUGUGCGUAGUGUUCUCGAGAAGGCGUUCGAAGGUGUUGAGACUGCGAACUUCGAAUUUCCGUUGAUCACGAGGGCUGGUCGGCGUGUGGAGAUUCUAUUGAACGCCACGCCGCGAUACAAUGAGCGUGGAGAGGUCAUGGGUAUGGUUGGUAUUGGCCAGGAUAUCACGGAGCGUAUUGCUCAAGAGCAGGAACACAGUCGAAUGAUCGAUACUGCUAAUGCUCCGAUCUUUGGUGUUGACACGGAUGGGAGAGUUAAUAUUUGGAAUCGGAAAGCAGCAGACAUUAUGCAGUAUACCAACGAAGAUGUUCUCGGCAAAAACCUGGUUGAGCAGUUUAUCUCUGAAGAAUACCGUGUCGCCGUUCGAAGCGUUCUUGAGAAAGCUUUUGAGGGAGUCGAGACGGCAAACUUCGAGUUCCCGUUGAUUACAAGAGCAGGUCGUCGCGUGGAAAUCCUCCUGAAUGCGACACCUCGAUACAAUGAACGCGGUGAGGUUAUGGGAAUGGUUGGUAUCGGUCAGGAUAUUACGGAGCGUAUCGCUCAAGAACAAGAGUACAGCCGUUUGAUCGAUACGGCCAACGCUCCAAUUUUCGGUGUGGACAUCAACGGUCAUGUGAACAUUUGGAAUCGAAAAGCUGCUGAUAUCAUGCAGUACACGAACGAGGAUGUGUUGGGUAAAGACCUUGUCGCGGAGUUCAUCUCGAACGAAUACAAGGUUCCUAUCUUGCUGAACGCUACACCACGAUACAACGAGCACGGCGAAGUGAAGGGCAUGGUUGGUAUUGGCCAAGAUAUUACGGAGCGUAUUGCUCAAGAACAAGAGUACAGCCGUUUGAUUGAUACUGCGAACGCUCCAAUUUUCGGUGUAGACAUUAACGGUCACGUUAAUAUCUGGAAUCGAAAGGCUGCCGACAUCAUGCAGUACACGAACGAGGAUGUGUUGGGCAAGGACUUGGUGGCCGAAUUCAUUUCGAAUGAGUACAAAAUUCCCGUGCGGAGUGUGUUGGAGAAAGCUUUCGAAGGUAUUGAAACUGCCAACUUUGAGUUCCCGUUGAUCACGAAGGCAGGUCGUCGCGUGGAAAUCUUGCUAAACGCAACACCGCGAUACAAUGAGCGUGGAGAGGUCAUGGGUAUGGUUGGUAUUGGCCAGGAUAUCACUGAUCGCAUUGCCCAGGAGCAAGAAUAUACGAGAUUAAUUGACUCGGCCAAUGCCCCGAUCUUCGGUGUGGAUGUGAAUGGCUGCGUGAAUAUCUGGAACAAGAAGGCAGCAGAGAUCACGCAGUACACGCCCAAUGACGUGAUGGGUGAGAACUUGGUGGAGAAGUUUAUCACGGAAGACUAUCGCGAGGCAGUUGGUCGCGUUUUGUCGAAAGCCCUUGAUGGAGUUGAAACAGCAAACUUCGAGUUCCCAUUGAUGACCAAGGCAGGACGGAGAGUGGAGAUUCUGCUGAAUGCGACAUCGAGGUUCAAUGAACACGGAGAAGUGAUUGGUAUGGUUGGAAUCGGCCAAGACAUCACUGAACGUAUCGCUCAGGAACAGGAGUACACUCGCCUGAUUGAUACUGCUAAUGCCCCGAUCUUUGGUGUCGAUAUCAACGGCCAAGACAUCACUGAACGUAUCGCUCAGGAACAGGAGUACACUCGCCUGAUUGAUACUGCUAAUGCCCCGAUCUUUGGUGUCGAUAUCAAUGGUCGUGUGAAUAUCUGGAACCGUAAGGCUGCUGAAACGACCCAGUACAUGAAUGCGGAAGUUCUUGGUAAGGAUUUGGUGGCUGAGUUCAUCUCGAAGGAGUAUAAGGUUCCCGUUCGUAGCGUGCUGGAGAAAGCAUUCGAAGGUGUGGAGACAGCAAACUUCGAGUUCCCAUUGAUCACGAAGGCCGGCCGGCGAGUGGAAAUUUUGUUGAAUGCCACGCCGCGCUACAAUGAGCAUGGUGAAGUGAUGGGAAUGGUUGGCAUCGGCCAGGACAUCACGGAGCGUAUCGCUCAGGAGCAAGAGUACACACGACUGAUUGACACAGCGAACGCUCCGAUUUUCGGUGUGGACAUCAACGGUCAUGUGAACAUCUGGAAUCGAAAGGCGGCCGAUAUCAUGCAGUACACGAACGAGGAUGUGUUGGGUAAAGACCUUGUCGCGGAGUUCAUCUCGAACGAAUACAAGGUUCCUGUGCGGAGCGUGUUGGAGAAGGCUUUUGAAGGUAUUGAAACCGCGAACUUUGAAUUUCCGUUGAUCACGAAGGCCGGUCGUCGUGUGGAAAUCCUUCUGAAUGCAACACCUCGCUACAAUGAGCGUGGGGAGGUUAUGGGUAUGGUUGGUAUUGGUCAAGAUAUCACGGAACGUAUUGCUCAAGAACAAGAGUACAGCCGUUUGAUUGACACGGCCAAUGCUCCGAUCUUUGGUGUGGACAUCAACGGUCGUGUGAACAUUUGGAACCGUAAGGCUGCGCACAUUAUGCAGUACACGAAUGAGGAUGUGUUAGGCAAGGAUUUGGUUGCCGAGUUCAUCUCAGAGGAGUACAAGAUCCCCGUGCGUAGUGUUCUCGAGAAGGCUUUCGAAGGCGUAGAGACUGCGAAUUUCGAGUUCCCGCUUAUCACGAAGGCUGGUCGGCGUGUGGAGAUCUUGCUGAACGCUACACCACGAUACAACGAGCACGGCGAAGUGAAGGGCAUGGUUGCCAACUUUGAGUUCCCGUUGAUCACGAAGGCAGGUCGUCGCGUGGAAAUCUUGCUAAACGCAACACCGCGAUACAAUGAGCGUGGUGAGGUGAUGGGUAUGGUUGGUAUCGGUCAGGAUAUUACAGAGCGCAUUGCGCAGGAAGAAGAAUACAGCCGACUGAUCGACACUGCCAACGCUCCAAUUUUCGGUGUGGAUAUCAAUGGGCGCGUGAACAUCUGGAACCGUAAAGCUGCUGACAUCAUGCAGUAUACGAAUGAGGAUGUGCUAGGUAAAGACCUUGUCGCCGAGUUCAUUUCGAACGAGUACAAGGUGCCUGUGCGGAGCGUGUUAGAGAAGGCGUUUGAGGGUAUUGAGACUGCGAACUUUGAAUUCCCGUUGAUCACGAGGGCUGGUCGGCGUGUGGAGAUUCUAUUGAACGCAACUCCUCGCUAUAACGAACGCGGUGAGGUUAUGGGUAUGGUUGGUAUCGGUCAGGACAUCACGGAGCGUAUCGCCCAAGAACAAGAGUACAGUCGACUGAUCGACACGGCCAAUGCCCCGAUCUUUGGUGUGGAUACGAACAUGCGCAUCAAUAUUUUCAACCGCAAGGCAGAACAAGAGUACAGUCGACUGAUCGACACGGCCAAUGCCCCGAUCUUUGGUGUGGAUACGAACAUGCGCAUCAAUAUUUUCAACCGCAAGGCGCAACAGAUCACCAACUUUACGUCUGAAGAGGUGGUGGGUGAAAUGUAUGUGGAAACGAUAAUUUCGGAAGAAUUCAAGGCUGUAACAUACGACAUCAUGUGUAAAGCUCUUCAAGGUAAUGAGACGGCUAGCUUCGAGCUGGCACUUACUACCAAGACAGGCCGUAAGGUGAACAUUCUUCUGAACGCCACCGCUCGCUUCGACCAGCACGGCCAGAUCGUCGGUGUCGUGGGUAUUGGUCAGGAUAUCACUGAUCGCAUUGCCCAGGAACAAGAAUAUACGAGAUUGAUCGACUCGGCCAACGCCCCGAUCUUCGGUGUAGACGUGAACGGCUGCGUGAAUAUCUGGAACAAGAAGGCUGCAGAAAUCACGCAGUACACGCCCAUGGACGUGAUGGGUGAGAACUUGGUGGAGAAGUUUAUCACGGAAGACUAUCGUAAAGCUGUUGGUCUUGUAUUUUCCAAGGCAUGUGAAGGAACGGAAACCGCUAAUUUCGAGUUCCCGCUGAUGACUAAGGCUGGUCGUCGCUUAGAGAUUCUGCUGAAUGCGACAUCGAGAUUCAACGAACACGGAGAAGUUAUGGGAGUGGAUUAUACUGCGAGGAAGCACAUGGAGGCAGCUAAGGUGAAUUUCUUGGCUUCAUUCAGUCACGAGCUGCGAACGCCGCUGAACGGUGUACUAGGCAUGUUGGAACUUCUGAAGGAACAGCCUCUGGAUAAAUCUAUCGAGCGAUAUGUGCACAUGGCAUACGUGUCGGGAUCUCUUCUUCUGAACCUGAUCAACGACAUCUUGGACUUGUCGAAGAUUGAGGCUGGACAUCUAGAAAUCUCGACGGCGCCGUUCCAGAUGCACGACUUGCUGGACUAUUCGAUUGAAAUCUUUAAGUUCAAGGCUAAAGAACGUGGACUGAAGCUUGAGCUGAAGUGCGGUGACAACGUGCCAAAGGCAGUGAUCGGAGAUGUUGUGCGACUGCGUCAAGUGCUGCUCAACUUGUUGUCGAACGCGAUCAAGUUUACGAAUGAAGGCUCGAUUACUGUCGCAUGCAGCGUCGUCCACUCUCCGGAGUUACCGCCUCAGUUCAAGAAGCUGUUAUUCCAAGUUAUCGAUACAGGAAUUGGCAUGGAUGCUGAGGAGAAAAUGCGCCUUUUUUCUCUGUUUACGAAGCUGGAACGCACUCGACAGAACAAUCCUACCGGCUCAGGACUGGGUCUUGCCAUUUGCAAGCAGCUCGCAGAACUUAUGGAUGGUUCUAUUGAUGUUGACAGUGAACUGGGCGUUGGCAGCAAUUUCUUCUUUACAGUGGUGGUGCGAUUGAUUGACGAGGUGGACCCCAAGCACGCUUACUAUUCCUCGGAGGACUUCCUGGACCCCUCCACGGCGUUGCUCUCGCCUAAUGGUGGUGUGCGUGCUGGUGAAAACGGCGAAAAUGCAACUGUGCGUGCGGAGGUUCCGAAGCAGGCGCGUAUUCUGGUUGUAGAAGAUAACGAGUUCAACUGGGAAGUGGUGAAAUGUUUCCUGCAGCAGGAUGAUCACCUGCUUCAAUGGGAAGUGAAUGGCCGCGAUGCAGUGAAGGCUUAUAGCGAAAACCACACGGAGUUUGACCUGGUCUUCAUGGAUUGCGAAAUGCCCAUCAUGGAUGGUUACACUGCUACGAACGCGAUCCGCGAAUUUGAACUCAAGCACAACCUUCCUCGCAUCCCGAUUCUCGGAUUGACUGCGUACGCGAUGAGUGGCGAUCGACAGAAGUGUCUCGACUGUGGUAUGGAUGAGUUUAUGGUGAAGCCCAUCUCGAAGCUGAGCCUUCGUAAGGCUAUCCGGCAGUGGAUGCGUAUCCGUUAUCUGGGCCAACAUAACGCUGCUCUCGGAGCUGUCGUACAGGCACCAGGUGCCACGGGCCAACCUGUGACCCUGCGCAACGGCCCCCGUCCUACUGCUAAAAGCCCUAUGAGGAUUCCUGCGCCAUCUCCAGGCGCCCCAACUCCAAUGCCAUCGUUUGAUAGCGACCUGGAAGACGUUACGCUCAUGGAUGCAGUAUCGACCGCCAGACUUGCGCCUGCAUCUCGCCACAUGCAGCAGCUGGAUCUAGCACAGGCGAUCUCGAAUCUGGAGCUGGACGAUCCCAUGUCGAUUGGUCUUCAAAGUGGCCGGGCGGUUCGGACUGCUACUCCGACAACGUCAAUCUUCAGCUUGGGGCCCUCCGUGAACAACACUGCACGACAGACAAGUACGAAUGAUCUACCAGACGUGCUGAGAUUAUCCCGAAACACAAGCGGGGCUUCAACAGCAAGUCCUCCUGAACCUGAGAAGCCAACCGAGACGUCGACUACGCUCCCUUACACGAAGACUCCAUUCACUGGCGUAACGAAUAGCCCAUUCCAACAUGGAUCGCGCUCCCCAUUGACAACAAACCCAACACUCUGGAGCCACCCGCCGUUCAAUACGAAGGACCUUCCCACAGGACGACCACAAUCCUGGUCCGGUCUCGCCCCUAAGAAGAAGGUCAGCUUCCACGAAGAACUGGAAUCGAGCCAUCCAAGCAGAACUGGGCUUAGCAGCAUUGGCAGCAGCAUGCCUUCUGUGUUGGAACGCAUGGAAACUGGUAGCUCGGUGGAAGAUGAUACACCAGUUGAGGAUACUAUUACUCCUGCUCAGGGAGAGGCUGCUGUGUCCCACUCAAUCGACCCGAUGAGCAUCGAAAUCCCGGAAGGAGACCCCGUGAACUACAGCUUGGGAGUGGAUCAGUGCGGAGGACACGAAGAGCUCUUCUUAACUCUUCUGGAGAAGUUUGCAACGACUUCGGAGGCCAUCACGAACCGGGUCAUGGAGGCUCACGAACGCAACGACUUCGUCACUGCUCGUCGUGAAGCGCAUUCACUCAAGGGAUCGUCGGCUUACGUCGCUGCUCUUCGUGUAUCCAAGUGUGCCUUCCGCGUCCAAGUCGCGUAUGAACACUUGAUGGCACAGCAGGCAACCGGUGAAGGCUCCGAUACCCUGGCCGCGAAGCAGAUCGUGGACGACUCCGUCCGAUUGCUCAGAAAGGAACAGAAACUGCUGCGUGGAUACCUUCGACGCAACUUCGAGUUCAAGACUCAAGCUGGUCCGUCCCAAGUUACUUCAGGCCACCAGCCUGACGAAGACAAGCCAAAUGGCCCAUGCUGCGUCAUGUGAGAACAAAUACAACUAUCCAUACAUGUAGCUUCUUGAAAUUGUAGAUGUCGAUGAGUAAAUUUAUGAAAUACAGAUUGUUUUCUUU